AUGGGUGAUAAGAAUGGACAAGUAGUAGCCGGUGGCAAUGGCCAAGGAAAUCGAUUGGAUCAAUUAUAUCAUCCAACCGAUGUAUUGAUUGACAAAGAGACGGAUAAUCUCAUUAUUUGUGAUUGGUUGAAUCAACGAGUCGUACGAUGGUCUCGUCGUAGUGGUACAACUCAAGGAGAAAUUCUCAUCGGCAACAUCCUUUGCUAUGGAUUGGCCAUGGAUGAUCAGAGAUAUCUCUACAUCUCUGACUACACGAAACAUGAAGUAAGACGAUAUCAAAUAGGAGACAAGAAUGGAACUAUUGUGGCUGGUAGCAAUGGCAGAGGUGAUGGUCUCAAUCAACUCAACAGACCGAGAUACAUCUUUGUCGAUCAACAACAAACUGUCUACGUGCCAGACAACAACAAUCAUCGUGUAAUGAAAUGGAAUAAAGGUGCAAAAGAAGGAAUCGUCGUCGCUGGAGGUCAAGGCCAAGGGAAUGCUCUGACACAAUUGUCGUAUCCUUACGGACUGUUCGUCGAUACAUUGGGUGGAUUUAUUACAACAGAAAAGAAUGAAACAAGAUAUAUUCUUCUUUUGAAUAAAAAUUUAUUUAUAUCGACAUAUCUAUUCUAUACACAUCAAGAUCAACAAUUUGUUAUUCAUGUACAAUAUUUAAUUGGAAUGGAAUAUAAGAGAAAUCGAAUGAAAAUUAAUAUUAAUUUUACAAUAUUAUUAAAUAUUAUUCAAGUGAACAAUAUUGAGCUGCAUUUAAUGAUACGACUCAUUCAACGUUUACUUAAAUAUACAUCAAUAACACAUAUUGAUUAUCAAUUAUUAAUUGAUUCAUUGGGUAAAUUACGUGAAAUAGCAAAAAAAAAUUAA